AAUGCGCAAUCCGACCAAAUAUCGGUGCCUGCCGCUCAGUGCUUAAUCGAUCAGGCUGUCCGGCCGUGAAAGAGUCGCCGGCCGGGGCGUUUAUUUCUCCGUCAAAACAACAUCGCGCAAGGGCCUUUCAGAUCACUUUUCUUCUAGGAAGGAGCUGGCCAAUCGGGGACUCACUCACUUGGUCCCGACGUAUGUGUAGGCACUAACCAAUCCAGGCCUUGAUUCGCUCACCCUUGAUCAUGAGCGACGAUCCGGCCAGUGAGGGCGAGAGUGGGCCCACCCAUCCGACUGCCGCCUCACAAUCACCCACCGGAGCCGCCAUUCUCAACAUUCCCAAAGUCUCCAUUCAGGGCUCAUCCUCCGAAAGUGAAGACACGCCACCCACUCCCACGGCCUCGGGCGAGUCUGGACCCGCCGAGACCGCGGAAGGCGAGGCUCAUCCUAAUGCUACCAAUCAAAACGAUGACGACAGUAUCGGCGAGUUCGACGACGGACGAUCCGGUAAGCUCACCUUGGGCAUCUUGCUCCAAGAGGGCAUCAUCGAAGCGGGGGAAGGCGUUAUGGCCAUUGAGUAUUUGGGACAGACCUUCAAGGGCGACCUCAUGCCCGUGGGCAAGAUUCGCUCCCAAGAAACAGGACUGGUGUUCAACAACCCGUCGGCCUGGGCCAUCUACUGCAAGAAAAUCGUCAAUCCAGCCAAAAAGUCUGGCUGUGGUUGGGCCAGUGUCAAGUACAAAGGUCGGAAAAUGGACCAUUUUAAGAGCCAGUGGACCAAGUUGAAGGCCCAGCGCGAUGCGGAAGAAGCUGAACGCCUCGCCAGUCAAGAGGCCCAAUUGGCCGAGGACCUCCGUCGAGGUCGACAACAGCUCGAGAAAGACUUGGGAGCGGGUUUGGCACCCAUUAUUCGACACGCCCAAUUGAGCGAGAAACAGCCAUCGGAUGAUCUCGAUAUCUAUGUGGAAACUGAUCCAUUCACUGACAAAGCGCGCGUUCAGCCCUUCAAUAUGUCCGUGUCUGCCUCCGCUUUGCUAAUCAUUGAACUCCACGCCCAAUGCCAUCCGGUGGCCUCCACUUGUGGUUAUCUAGCCGGUCAGUGGGAUAUCAAUGCUCACAAUCUCGCCAUAACGCAUGCCUUUCCGUGCUUGGGCAUGAGUGACAUGGCCGAGCCCGAUCGAAGUGCCAAGAUCGAAUUCGACAUCUAUAAUGCCAUUUACCGAAAGCAUUUGGUGCUGGUCGGUUGGUACAAAAGCUGUCCCUCAAAUCUCCCCAAACCCUUGCCCACUCUGCGCGACGUCGAAGCUCAAUUGGCCCACCAAGUCAGGUUGUUAGGCGCUAAUGACGCCACAUAUUCACCGUGCAUAGGCAUGAUCUUCAAGCCUUUGGGGUUGAAUCUCUCCGCCGCCAAAUCGGAUUGCUUGGCCUAUUGGGUCGUGCCACCUCUCGAAACCAACCCGUAUGAUUAUGGUAAACCGAUGAUGAUGGCCUACACGUGUAUUGUGGAUCCUUGUUUAUCUCAGGAUGCCUUAGAUCAAAUCGAUCGCAUCCUCGAACAAAGGCAAGAUCUGAUCCACCAAGAUCCAAGUUUAGGACUCGAGAGUCGGGGCCUCUUGGAAAGCUUAGGCGAUAGUAUUAAACGGAAAGCCCCUUUGGACCAACAAGGUCUUCUAUGGCCUUACAUCUAUCGUAAGCUAACGGGGAAAGAAUUACGAGAGACUCCGAAUCCCUUGCCGCAUCUCAAUGGAUUUAAUAAGCAAUUGAAUCUCAACGAAAGUGAGCAUCACGACGAUGACAGUCAGGAGGAAGAUGAUGACGACGACGACGAUGAUGAUGACGACAACGACGAUGACGACGACGAUGAUGAAGAGGAAGAAGAGAUCGAUGACGAUGAAGAUCAAGCCCUUCAAUCUGGAUCAAAAGCUUUACACAUCUCCUCAAAUGGGAAAUAAAGGCGACCCAAAGAAAAUGUACACAAUCACACAAUAAAAAAAACUGCAUUAUUUACAAAAACAGGUUCCACUUGACCAUAUUGAGUUUAUUUUCCUUCUGUCUUCAGA